AGGUACUAGAAUAAAAGUUGACCAAGUACCAAGUUACAAAAAUAGUCCACACCACAAAGCUCUUAAAAGGAGAAGCUUUGAGAAUAACAGAAUGGCAUUUCUGAGGUCUCUAGCUACCACAACUGCCAUUGCUGCAACCAUACCUCUUGCUUAUUCUCUUUCUUCUUCAUCUUCUUCUUCCUCUCGAUUUAUUCCAUUUUCCAGACCCCAAAACCUUCCUUUUCUCUCUUCCACCUUACCCUUCUUCCCAAAUCAAUUGUGCCUCGCUAGAAGCUCCGCUCCGCCUUCCGCAGCUCUCCAAAUGGCUGGUCCCGCCUCCGAAUCCUCUACUCAGAGUGAUGCUGUCUUGCCGGAGUUAUUAACAGAGUACAUGGUGGAUAUGAAGUGUGAGGGUUGUGUUAAUGCUGUCAAGAAUAAGUUACAGACUGUCAAUGGGGUUAAAAGUGUUGAAGUGGACCUGAGUAAUCAGGUAGUAAGAAUUCUUGGUUCAACACCUGUGAAAACCAUGACAGAAGCUUUAGAGCAAACCGGUCGAAAAGCCAGACUGAUUGGGCAGGGUGUCCCUGAAGAUUUCUUGAUUUCUGCUGCUGUGGCCGAAUUCAAAGGCCCAGAAAUAUUUGGCGUGGUUCGCUUGGCUCAAGUGAAUAUGGAGUUGGCUAGGAUUGAAGCCAAUUUUAGUGGCUUGUCACCUGGUAAACAUGGCUGGUCUAUCAAUGAAUUUGGUGAUUUGACAAACGGUGCUGCAAGCACUGGAAAAGUGUUCAACACACCAAGAGAAGGACCUACCGACGAGCCAGUGGGUGACCUGAGAACAUUAGAUGCUGAUGAGAAAGGUGAGGCCUUUUUCUCAGGUGUCAAACCAAAUUUGAGAGUUGCAGAACUGAUUGGACGGUCAAUAGCAAUCUACAAAACAGAAAACAGAUCAGAUUCUGGCAUCGCAGCUGCAGUAAUUGCCAGAAGUGCUGGUGUUGGUGAAAACUACAAAAAGCUUUGCACCUGUGAUGGCACCACCAUAUGGGAAGCCACCAACAGCGACUUUGUCACCAGCAAGGUCUAAAGAUUUAAGUGAAACAGUUCUAAUGCACGAGUUGAAUUUUGAUACCCAGCAGUGGAAAAAUAGUUCAUGUAGCCUGUAGUCAUCGAGUUUUAUUCAUUGAAAAAUAGCAAUGUAUUUUCUAUACUAUACUAUAUUUGAGGUGCUAAUAGAUGAGCCGAGAGCUCCUGCUUUGUAAGAUUUGAAUCACAGCAUAUGUUAUGCGCCAACAAUAAUUAAGACCAAAAGUAUCUAAAGUUCUGCUUAAAUCAUAUCAGUUUUCAGACAGAAAAA